GCACCGUACAUUGUCUGACAUGCUGGCAAACAGACGUUUGUAUAUAAGCAGAAAUCUAUAUUUACUGUUAUUUACACAGCGACACGAAAGAACACAUGACGAGUCACGCGUUAGAACGAUUCCUCCUGUCAGACAAGCGGGAUAAGCGGGCAUAUGAGAGCCUGCCGUCUGACCCGAGCCACGCGAAGGACGGGAACAACAUGUCCGCGGAGAAAGAACACCUGAUCAAUGAAUCCGGAGGAGAAGCAACGGAGCAAGAUGUAGUGGAAAAGUACGUUCUGCCUGGCUGUGCAGAGUUUGUGGCGACCCUGCUCUUUGUAUUCGUCGGGUGCAUGGCCGCGGUGGGCACUGGUAGCGGGCCCAUUGUGAAUGUAGCUCUGGCACACGGACUGACUAUUGCGCUGGUUGUAGCUAGCUUUGGGCAUAUAAGCGGGGCUCACGUCAAUCCCGCGGUUACUUUGGGGAUUGUUAUAGCAGGUGGGAUAACCCUUCCUGUGGCAGUCGUCUAUCUGUUCGCCCAGUUACUUGGCGGCAUGGUCGGAGCAGGGUUUGUCCGGUUAUUAAGCCCAGUAGAGCUAUUCAAUAUGACAAACGGCGGAGCGCAGACGAUCAACCCUAGUGUAGUGACGUGGGGGACAGCCAUUGGUUGUGAGAUCUUCCUGACCAUUGUGUUAGUUUUUACCAUUCUGAUGGUGGCUGUGGAUAGUAAAACUAACAAAACAUUGGCACCAAUAAUAAUAGGUGUGGCUGUUGUUGUUUGCAUCUUAGCGGGCGGCUGGCUGUCUGGGGCCUCUAUGAAUCCAGCCAGAACGUUCGGUCCAGCGGUGGCAGUAACAAGCUACAAUCCUGACAUCUGGAAGUAUCACUACAUCUACUGGGUGGGGCCAUUCCUCGGAGCCUGCGUGUCCGGGCUAUUGUACAGGCUGGUUUUCGCGUCCCCUGACAAGAGAGUGUGGCGCAGAUAGGAUGAUUGUGCUUGUUGCACCGUAAUACAUUACUUGUCACAUCAAACACACUGGUAUUUGCUGUGUAGAGAAGGCUCCGCUAACGCACUGGGUUUGCAGUGUAGGCCCUACUGCCAUAAAUUUGGUAAAACAGACAUCGUUAAUGUAAAGUUCUAUAAUACUCGGGUUUUGUGCAAUACAACCCUUUUUAAAAUUUGUGUAUUCUGAUACUUAACAAAGGACCGUUAUGGUUUGUAGGGCAUUGAUUCAAAAAUUAUAUGCAUAGGCUUAAGAGC